AAGGAAGAUACUUUUGUUAGAGAAGAUAUUUUUGUAGAGAAGAUUUUGUAAGGACGAUACUUUUGUUAGAGAAGAUAUUUUUAAAGAGAAGAUUUUGUAAGGAAGAUACUUUUGUUAGAUUAGUUAUACAAAGGUUAAUGAUGAGCAAAUUUAUAACAUUUUGAAAUAUUAAUUUUGUUCCAGAUGAAACUUACUGUGCACAAUAUUUUGCAAAUUUAUCUACUGAUGCAACAGAAUCGCAUGUUGAUGAUACUGAAUGCAUCGAUGAUAGUGAUAAUGAUUCAAAAGCAUUAUGGGAUCGUAAAUCAACUAAAAUGAUAUUAGCAAAAUAUCUGGAGCGGCUCUCAAAAUUUCGGAAUUCCAAAUUUAAAAAAACUUUGGAAGGAAAUGGAAACUGAAAUGAAGGCAUUGGGAUAUUCAAAAACUAAUGCCCAUAGUAUCGAUCGGAAAAUACGAAACAUGAAGUCAACGUAUAAACGGAUAAAAAAUAAUAAGAAAAAACUGGAAGGGGCCGCGAGGAUUGGGUGUUUUACAACGAGAUGGAUGAAAUUUUCAAUAUGAAUAAGUCUGUAAAUUUCGAAGAAGGAAUUUCAUCAAUGGAGAGUGGGCAAGAUUCUACUAACGAAGCUAUAGAUUUUUCAAAGCACAGGUUAUCGUCACCAACCUUAUCUUUUCAACACUUCAAUGAUAUUAAUAACAGUACAAUAUUUUUGAAUUACGUUGAUUCUGCUUCAUCAAAUUAUAAUGCGUUUUCGGACAGUGAUUUAGAAAGUAGCAGUGAGAGACCAUCGACAUCAUUGAGUAACGUAUUUGAUGAACAGUCUUCAAUUUCAAAUGAUGAAACAAGUACUCAUGAUGCUUCUACCAGAGAUUCCAAUGAAGGAACACCAUUAAAUAAAAAGAAACUGUAUAACCAAAGAAAUAAAGCUAUAGAACUGGAAUUAAGAAAACUCAACAUUUUAGAAAGUAUAGAGAAGAAACAGGAGUCUAAAAAUAUGAUUGAAAAACAGUUGGAAAGAUUUGCGACUGUAUUAGAAACAAAAAAUGAAUUGGCUAAAAAGAAAAUCGACAUAUUAGAAAAAAGAAUGAGUUAUUGUACAUGUUAUUAA